AUGGCCAGCUAUACCAACGGCGACAGCAACGACGGCGAGACCAAGGGCAUCCAGCCUAAGAUCACUCUCUACACCAACCACCUCUGUCCUUUCGCCCACCGUGCCCACAUCACCCUCGAAGAGCUUGGUCUGGACUUUGAAGAGGUCAUUAUCGACCUGGACAAGCCUCGCGAGCAGUGGUACCUCGACAUCAACCCCCGCGGCCUGGUACCCUCGAUCAAGUACAGCGUUCCUGGUCUCUACAAUGAGGAGAUCAUCACCGAGUCGAGCAUUGUCGCCCAGUUUCUAGCAGACGCCCGUCCUUCGCAUCUGCUUCCCGGCAGCUUGCACGACCCGUUCGCUCCACUGUUCAGAGCAAGAUUGGCUUUCUUUGUCGACACAUGGAACACAAAGGUUCAGGGCAACCUGUAUCCUAUGAUGAAGGCCGACGGCGAGGAGAAAGAAAAGCUGGCCAAGGAGACUGUUGCUGCUAUUGAGAAGGAGAUUGAGCCUCUGCUUGCAAACGCUGCUCCCUUCUUUGGCGGCAAGGACAAGCCCACGCUUGCUGAGGCCAUCAUUGCACCUUUCCUGAUCCGCUUCUUUGCUUUCUCCAAGGAAGGCAACCUCCUUCCAUCGUCGCUCAAGAAGUCAAUCGAGGCUCUGCCCAAUACUGGCAAGUGGGCCAAGGCUGUCGUUCAAAUUCCCAGUGCUUUGACUAUCUGGAACGAGGAGGAGGUUAUCAAGAGAACAACAGCUCGUGUGGCCAAGAUGAAGGAGGCUGCCAAGUAA